UGGCCAUCGACAGAAAAUUUAUGUAUUUUUUAUGAAUUAUGAAGGUAUUAUGCAGUAUUAUGCAGUAUUAUGCGAUAUUACGUUGGUAUGACCAUCGACAGAAAAAAUAUGUAUUUGUUAUAUAGAGAGGAUGUCGGAUAAUGCGGUUUCAUUUGUCGGGUCCAUUUGGUUGGAGAAGUAUGACUGAACGUCUGUCGGCUUUUUAUGUCGAUAAAGUAUGAAGGUUGUUAGUUAUGUUGUACGUCGUGUGUCGGGACCACUUAGCCCGGUGCUAAAUGAAGUCGUUGUCAAUAUUCAAUCCUCCAUAACGGCUUUUAGAGUGACAAUCUCAACCUCGUUCCCAGGGGAUCUGGCUUUUUUAAUUGGUUCCGUAAUAACGGCUCAGGGACCAAGAGGUCUUGGGGCGAGAAUGGAAUCUGAAAACUAAGAUGUGCACUUUCCACAUUAUAUACAAUCAAUAUGUCACGUCUUUUUUCUAUAUUUUAAACAAUUUUAAAUAUUGCGCACGCUAAUGAUGGACUAAAAUGUCGUCCUAGACCUGCAAAAAUCAAAAUUGCAGUCAGCCUUGUUCUCAGUUUUGUUUUUGAUUAACUUGACAAGUUUCAUACGCGUUUCUUCCUUGUACCAGAAAACGCUACCUUGCAUUGGGCCCCUGGGGUCUAUUCCUGGACCUCCGUCAAAAAACUAGGGAAACUUCCAAAGGAUUCAUGUGUAUUUCACACGACGCAAUUUUUUAUGGAUAACUCGGCAAGCUGGUUGCACACGUUGUAAAAGGUUUCGCUUUCUUUUCCCUCUUACAACUUUCAAGGAUGUGGACUUCUAGCGGCAGGAAAUGUCACAUUAUACUGGCAUUGUUGAAACAUCUUCCACACUGAUUGAAGGAGUAAGUAAUGAUGUGUUAGUGCUAGUUGUGGUUUUUGUAUUAACUUCAGUUGCUGUUGGUUAUUGGUUCAAAAUGUUUUCACGAAGAAGCCAAGUUAUACAUCCAAGUGCUCUGGAUGAAGUCAGAGCAACUAGAAAUCGUGUUCGAGAUGAACGGGAAGGACAAGACAGUCAAUCAAAUGGUUUCAGAAGCAAUGAUGACAGAUGUCCUAUAUGUAUUGAUCAAUUGAGUUAUACUGUGGAAACAAACUGUGGACAUACCUUUUGUUAUACGUGUAUUAUGUCGUACUGGGAACAUGGUGCAUGGAUUAAUGCAAUGAACUGUCCUGUUUGUAGACAGGAGGUCCGCGUUUUAUUAACUAUAUUUACACAUGAAGAAGAAGUGUCAGACCAAGCUUUAGAAUUUUGUAAUAAAUUGCGUGAUUAUAAUAGAAGAUUCUCUGGUGAACCACGACCUAUAUUGGACUACAUAAUGGAUUUCCCGGUACUAGUUCGUCAUAUGUUUCGAAAUUUCUUCUCUGUAUCAGGACUGGUAAUUAUGCUGCGUUUAAGAAUUGUGAUGUAUUUACUAAUUGCGGUAAUUUAUAUUUUAUCGCCAUUUGAUAUCAUUCCGGAAGCUGUUUUAGGCAUUCUUGGAUUCUUUGAUGACAUUGUCAUUGCUGCUGUUAUCAUACUGUAUCUAACAAUUUUAUUUCGACAAAGUUUGGCUAAUCAGUGAAUUAAUUUUACCCACAAAUAUUUUACCAGUGGCAGUGAAAUACAUCUGGCUGGUACCUGCUAAAAACUGUUACACAUGAGAAGCUACUACCGAAAAUAAGAUGGUAUUAUGAAACUGCUUUAUGAAAAUAUUGGGGACAGUAAUGAUGUAAUCUAUUGUCGUGCCAUUUUUUAGUUUCUUAAAAAAAAAUUAAAAUCUUAAAAAAGUAUUUUUUAUCAAAGAAUUCAUUUUAGAUUAAAUACAUAGAAUAAUUAAUUUUCAUUUUUUUGUAUAGGAAGGGUUGAUUUAUUGAAUGUUUAUUUACAAAUCACUCUUUAUUAUUUAAUCUUAUUCAGUUGUAGUUGUAUAAAUAAGAUUAGGUUGCACCAUUGACUUUAUUUUUUUUUUUUUUUUUCCAUACAUAAAUAUUCAUUACUUUAUUAAAAAAAUAAUAUUGACACAAUAAACAAUGGAGUUAAAUACUCAUCAUGCACAUGCUUUUUUGUAUAAUAUUUUUAAAACGUUUGUUUUUGUACCACGAUUCACAUUUCUUGGUAGUUAGAAUUUGUUGUAUUUAAUUUAUUCUAAGUUGAUGUUUCUGAAGGGUUGGAAUUCAAUGUUAGUUUAGUCGGGAAUAAAUAGACUCUGGUUAUUAUCCUCAAUGAAUGUCUGUUGCCUAUAAACACAGAAAAAUCAGAAAAGUCUAGCAAAAAUUUGUGAAGUUUUAGGUGCAAUUUUUUGACGGAAAAAAUGGUACAUAAAUCUGUUUAUAUGAUAUUGUUAUCAUUUUCAAACUUUAACCCUUUAGUUUUUUUUGUUUUUUGCCUAAAUUUUAUAUUGUGUAGCAUGUAAUAUUGUAGAUUGUAGCAACAGAGUAUAAUAAUAAUAUUCUUUCAUCUAA